AUGGUGGUUGCCAAGACAGGGGAGCACAUGACGUUGCCCGCCGAAAUCAAGGAACAAUGCCACCAUUUUCAUGUCGGCGCCACGAGGCUUCAGAACAUCUCUCCCCGCGAUCGACACAAGAUGCUCGGCAACUCCUGGCACAUCGGCGUCAUCAAGUUCAUUCUGUGGUUGACUUUGGCUAGUCUCGCGCCCACCACAGCUGAGCAAGUGGUUGACGGCAACAUCACCGACGACCCCGUGUUGUCCAGGGUCUUCGAGGUUGCUAGACAGCAGCCGCUUUCCUUGAGUCGUGAAACGCCUUCAUCGAGAUUCGUCAGUUUGCCGCCUUCCGACAGCGAGUGGGAACAUUGGUUGAUGACCGCCGACAUCGAGCAUCCACUCUUGACGAAGCCUAGGUUUUUUCGUGAGUCAGUUUUGCACAGCAUUUCCAACUUGGUUCAGGAGCGCAAACAAGUUUCCGCCGAGUGGUUUGCAGGUUGUGGUUUUCCGGACGUGGAGGAGCUCAGUCGUGAGCUGUCGCAUGGGAUGCCCAUGAUUGGACAUCUGCGGCCAACGCUGGGUUGGCUUCCGAGGACUGAUCAGAAAUACACUGCUCCCAUUAGUUUCGAAGCCUUUAGGCGCCUCAAUGCGGGUCACGUCACAGAGAGACUCGAUCGUCGUCGUGUCGACGAUGAGUGGCGCACCAUGUUGUCCGAGGUUCUUACUGAAGUCCGGGAGGGUCGGAUGGAAGGCCCGUUCGCUGCUCCCGCGUCCUGGAAGCACAAAACUGUUCCGGUCAAGGAUGAGCCGGGCUUUGACUGUUUGCUUUCGUGCCCUGAUGCAGAGCCUUGCAUCGCUUGGGCCUUUUCGGUGGUGCAGGAAGGCUCGGAUGGCCAGCGGAAGGUCAGGCGCUGUGAAGACUACAGACGCAGCUUCCACAACGACACGGUGGAGGCCUUCGAUGUUCCUCCUCACGACGACAUUGGUGUCUAUGUGUCUUUAAUUCGUCACUUGGCUGCUGAGGGCGAAUUCGCCAUGAUUUGGGCUCAGGACUUACAUUCUGCUUAUCGGCAGUACCCUGUGGCCGAUCCGAGUCAUUGUUACGUGGUCGUCAUGACACCAGAUGGCCCGACGCUGUGGCGGCAUCGGGUCAUGCCUUUCGGGGCUACCGCGAGCGUCUUUCAUUUCAACAAGGUCACUGAUGCUCUGCUCUGGUUGGCAAGAAGCCUGCUCAAGGUUUCCAAGAGGCAACCGCCUGACACACUGCAGAAGCUACAGGGCGUCAUCGUUCGCAUUCAAGAUCAAGGCGUGACAGUGGAGCCUUCGGAGUCCAGGGUCUCCAAGCUUUGUCGCACUUUGCGCGAGGCUUUGCUUCAGGAUCGUUUGACUUCUGACGAGGCGGCUCGACUGGCUGGGAAACUGGGUUUUCUCUCCACGUCUCUUUGGGGACAGCUUGGCAAAUCCCUCACGAGACCCAUUUAUGGCCGAUCUCAGGGUCCCAAGGAUGGUCGCGUCGAGCUCAACUCUGGCCUGCGAGCAUCCAUGGAAUGCCUUCUUGCUCUGCUUGCGACCCCGAUACCGAGGUCCAUUCCAUUCGCCAGGAGCGGCACACCUGUAGGGGUUUUGUACGCUGAUGCAUUUUUCAAGUUGGGUGAUCGCAAGUGGUCUGUCUGCGAUUCCGAAUUGCCAACCCACUGGCCAACUGACAUGCAUCUGGCCGAGAAUGGUUGGGGCUUCUUGUGCAGAGUUCAGGGCCAAGUGACUGCGGGACAUGGCAGAGUCAGUAGGGGCGAUCUUCGCCUCGUUCAGGACCGCGGCUGGCCGCUGCUUUGCACCGACUUAGGCAUUAUCGUUUCGCUGGCAUUUUUCUGGCUCCACAUGAGCGGGGGCAGGGCGGUGGAGCUGCUGAUUUGGCGGCGACCCAAGGUGACAUGCUCCACUGAUGGCCGGGUGGCAGUCUGGGCACCACCUGGACGUCUGCGGAAGAUCAAGAAGCUAGAGGCUGACGCACCGUCCCUGAGCCAAAAGCUCUACGUGCCCGUGGAUGCAGCCGCUGCUGAGGCGAGCAGCGAACUGGUUGCCUACACAGGCGAUCAGAGCAUUGCUGGCACCCCGCCGUCCUCUUUGCCUCUGCCAUCGCAGUCGCCCAAGUCGGGCUGUCUUCUUUUGGCAGAGACUUGUGGCCCCUGA